AUGACAUCAAAAUUACCUUCAUAUACUAAAUCUUCAGAAAUUUUACCAUCUUACUCAUCUUCAUUAAAUUAUUAUGGUCUAUCAUUAAUUAAAACAGAAUUUAAUACCCCUUAUCAUUUUAAUAAUGGUUCAAGAAAUUGGAAACCAGUGUUUUUAUACAUGAAUUCAACUCAAUUAAUCAUUUAUAACUUAAAUGUGGAUAAAAAAUUACAACAUUUAUUAGUUUGUUUAUAUUUUGAAUUAAAUUCAUUAAAUCAAUUCAUGAAUGAUGCUAAUAUACAAUACAAGAAACAACAAAUAUUAGAUGAUGAUGAAGAUUUGAAUGAUAUUUUCGCUGGUGAUGCUUAUGGUGGUGGAAAUAGUAUAAAUUUAAGCUCCUCCGAAUUUGGUUUCGGUAAAUUAAGAUCUAAAAUGCAAAAAUCAAAAUUUCAAAAAUCAUUAUCAAAUUUGAAAAAUUAUUAUAAUGAUUUAAAAGAUAAUCAAUUUUUAUUUGAACCUACUAGUGAUAUAAAACAAUUUCAAAAUUUCAAAAAGAAAAAUUUAAUAGGUUCAAUAUUUCAAUCAUUUUCUUUAACUAAUUUACAAAUUGGAGAGGCUCCAAGUUUAUAUAAAUUGAUAAAUGCAAUUUAUAAAGAAGAAGAGAAUAUAAAUAUUAAUAAUUCUUCAUUAGUUAAAUAUAAAAACACAUUAAGAUUAAGAAUAGAAUAUAAACAAAUCUUGUUACAAUUUUGGUCUUUCAAUUCAAUGAUUAAUUGGUACAGAACUUUCACAAUCGGUAAAGAUUUAAGUACACCUAUUGAAUUAAGAAAUAUAACAAAAUUAAAAUCAAUACCAUGUAGAAAUACAAGUAGAAAUAAUGCAUUAUUAAAUGCAUCAGCAAAUGAGACAUUUAAUCAUCAACAUAAUGCGAAAGGAUAUAAUUCAGAUGAUUCUCAAUCAAUAAGUUCAACUGAAGAUUAUGAUCAUAAUUCAUUAUUUUCAAGACGUCCAUCAACUACAUCUUCUAUAGAUUCAAAUGAGAACAAUAUAUCUUCAAAUAGUAUAACUAUAAACGGAUUAAGAUUUGAUUCAAAAGAAAAUGUUUAUUCAAGUAUUGAAAAAUCAUAUAUUUCAAAUUGUAUACCCGAUUUAAAUUCAUUUGAUAAAUGGAUUGGAAAAUUUUUAACAGUUAGUAAUGUUGAUUAUUUUAUGAGAGAAGAAGAAAAGAAAGAAGAUGAUAUUUUAAUUAGUUAUUUUAUGAUUCAAGAUUUGGUAAAUAGUUUUGAAAGAAAAUUAUCAAGAUUACCUCUAGCUUAUAGAAAUAAUAAUACUAGAACUUUCUUGGUACAUUCAAGUGGAUUAGUUGGAAUUAAACAAGAAUAG